GCUGCAUCUGUCCCGAGACGUAUUCAACCACGUUUACUCCUCCUCUUGCUUUCUUCACCGCCAUUCACAGCCCCUAAACACAAUCCUAACAUUUCGUUUUUCACUUUUUUGAACUCAAAGCAUAGCAAAACAAAUCAAAGCUGAAAGAAGAAGAAGGCAUGGGAGGUGGAAGCAGAAAUGGUGGUGGCGGUGGAAGAAGAAGAUCCAACAACAACAAUAGCGGCAGCAACACCAAGCACAAAAGCCAUAAAAGAGGUUCAGCUGUUAAAGCUUCACUCUUUAUCGAAGGGGGUUUCUUGUCCGAUUGGAGUUCCCCACCUUCUUCUGCCCGCAAUUCAGGUAGAAAUGGUGGUUCCAACACCAAAUCUGGGAGCCGAAAUAGAACAGAAGCUUCCUCUGCUUCCAAAAUUGGAUAUGCAAACUAUGCAGGAGCUGCCAUUGGCUACAAUUAUCCUUCAUCUGAUGUUCAGGAGGUAUCAAAUGAUGAGAAUGGCACUGAAGAUAAUAAUUUACAUCAGCUACAAUCAUUUACCUUUGUGGAUGCCAAUCAGAAUCAAGUUAUUGCUCAUCUAGACCGAACACCUCCUUCAAAACCCCAGAAUGUGGAAUAUGCUUAUAGCUAUGGUGCAGAUUUUGUUUUGGGUGACACCUCUCAUAGAGGGUUAGGGUUCCCCGCUCAGAAUUCCAAACCUCCAACUGAUGUUGGCACAUCCUCCAAACAAAUGCCAGCUUCAGUUUUAAAUUCGUCAUCCUUUGGUUCUGACGAUGUUAUUUACCAUGAGCUAAAUACUCAGAUGACAGAAAACUCUCCAUCAAAAGCUUCUGCUGAGAGAAAUUCUGGAUUUCUGGCAAUUGGAGGCCUUAAGUUAUACACUGAGGACAUCUCUGACAAUGGAAGUGAUGAAGAUAAUGAUGAAGAGUUAUCAGACCAGGACAGCUCUGAAUCUUCUGAGAUGGAAGAAUUAGUUGAAUCCUCUGAAAGCAGUGAUUCUGAGGACUCUUCUGAUAAUAAUUCAGACAUUGAUGAAGAGGUUGCAGAAGAUUACUUGGAAGGAGUUGGCGGCAGCGACAACAUCCUGGAUGCCAAAUGGUUGCUUAAACCUGUUUUGAAUGAAUCUGAGGAUGAUAGUUCUUCUAGCAGUUGCUAUGAUGAGGCUUUGCAGAAGAUGGGUGGAAUUGCCCUUCAAGAAGCUUCUAUGGAGUAUGGAAUGCAUGUCAAACCAUGGAAGAAAAGAUCUGCACAUCAUGGGCCUGUAGAUUUGGACAACUUAAUGCUGAUAAAGGAUCCAAGAACAGCUUCUGGUAGAAAGAAACAUGCUUCUCGGCUACCCCACUCUUGGCCUUCACAGGCCCAAAAGAGUAAAGCUUCCAAGAGAAUCCAUGGUGAGAAAAAGAAACUUCGCAAAGAAAGGAUUGCUGCCAAGCGUAGGAGCAGAAUGUUGCUCCGUGGAGUUGACCUUGAGAAAAUUAAUUCGAAAUUAGAACAGAUUGUGUUGGAGGAAGUGGAUAUGUUCUCUUUUCAACCUAUGCAUUCUCGGGAUUGUGCACAGGUGCAACGGUUAGCAUCAAUCUAUCAGCUGCGGAGUAGCAGCCAGGGUUCUGGGAAAAAAAGAUUUGUGACGGUGAUGCGAACACAGUCGACAUCCAUGCCAUCUUCAACUGGAAGACAGCGCCUGGAAAAGCUGAUGGGAGUUGAUGACGAAGAUGCCGAUUUUGCUGUCACUGACUAUACAAAUAACAAGUCUGCAAGUGGAGAUAGAAGACUAGGAAAGAAAAAUGCUAAAAGGAAUGAUAUCAGAUUGCAAGGAUUUCAAUCUGCUCAGAACAACUCAUCCAAGUCCUCUGCCAACCGAGGAAGCGGAAAAAUGAAGGACAAGAAGGGCAGUAGGGAAAGGGGUUCCUAUGCUAAUCAACCUGUCUCGUUUGUGUCAAGUGGUGCAAUCCAUUCAGAAGCGAUGCAGGUUACAGCUGUUAGCUCUGAAGAGACUGAUGGUACUUCCAAGAAGGGCGUCAUCACCAGCUCUGUUAACGUAGGUUCUUUCGAGGCUCACACUACCGGUUUUGGUUCCAAAAUGAUGGCAAAAAUGGGAUAUACCGAGGGUGGCGGAUUGGGUAAAAAUGGUCAAGGUAUGGCACAACCCAUAGAGGUUAUCCAAAGGCCUAAAUCACUCGGUUUGGGUGUGGAGUUCUCCAGCAACCCCGCCGAGGUGGCAGCCGCUGCUGAGCCAUCUAGGAGCAAGUCUUCAAGAAUCGGCACCAAGCCAUCAAGGAACAGGUCUUCAAGCAUUGGUGUCUUUGAGAAGCAUACCAAAGGCUUUGGGUCAAAAAUGAUGGCAAAGAUGGGCUUCAUUGAAGGCAUGGGAUUAGGUAGAGAAUCACAAGGUAUUACUGCCCCACUGGGUGCUGUUAGGCUACCAAAGUCCCGAGGGCUAGGUGCCACCAAAACUUAAUUUUUAUUUUUUAUUGUCAUUUGUUUUCUAUGUUCCUAUCUAAAUUGUAUAUUAGCCUUAAA